GUUGUCAUUUCGACUGCUUUGUUGUUAUUCUUUCAAUACCCACGAAAGGCUGGCCCCCAGCUUUGAGCCUUAUAGUCGUUUGUUAAAUUGAGCAUUUUUUAAUUGAACUGCUAGUUGAACAACGUUCGUCAAAACCACCACCACUGGAGUAAUGCCGUCCGUUUAUUUGGGUGUGCAUUUGCCGUUCAAGCCGUACCACAAGCUAAAGGUGGAAAAUGUCGACCUUAGCGGGCGAACAGAAACGCUACGUUCCGAGGCGGCCAAAUUAAUAAAAGACGACGUUUCGGCGGAUGAUUUUGAAUUGAUCUACUGUGGCAAUCUGCUGAAAACCGACGACAUACUGCAGAACAAAGGCGUCAGCGAUGGUUCGAUGAUACACGUCAUACAGAAACGUCGCGAAAAGGAUGCAUCCAACGAGCAGAAGAGCGAGGAAAAGGAACUUACCGAAGCGGAAGUGCAGGCAGUCCUUUCCGUGUGGCGCACGGUCGACUCGUCCAACUUCCAGAAGGUGCGCCAGCCCGAGUUCAUGAAGAACGUUCUCGAUGCGUAUCCGGCGAUACGGCGCAAUCUCUUCGUACUGUCGCUACUGAAGGAUCCGAUACUGCUCUCCUCGAUGCAGCAACCGGAAACGAUUCGUCGCGUUGCACCGAAACAUCCCAUACUGCUCGAAGCAUCACGCACCAUCGUACAGCUGCUCAACUCCAAAAUGAUCUCGAAGGUGGCCAACUGCCAUCUAUCCGCACCGCUCGACAGUGCCCUGGAUGAUCCGCUGUCGGAUUCGUCGUCGAGCGAUGAUAACACCGUAUCGCCGACUACCUCAGCCGCUCCGAACACAAUUCGCCGCAUAACGGCCGACAAUCUUGCGUCCGCCCUAGCGUUCGCUGGCUCACGCAGCUCGUACAAUUCACUGUCAAACAUCUCGCAGCGCGAUGCGGACAAUCGGGCCAACCAGCAGGAUGGCACGGCAGCCGACGGGUCAACCGUUGCCGGUACGGCCGACACAAACCUCCCUUCAACUUCCUCAGCCACCAGUGGUCAACCUACCACAUCGGCUACCAAUGCUGCCUCCGGACGGAUUACGUCCAGCAUGCUGCUCGAUGCAAUUUCGAUGAUGUUUGAACAGCAGCGAGGCGAACUGGCGUCCGGAUCCGGAGGCACUUCGGCCAGUGGUACCACCGCCACUGCCACCGGUCAACCUUCCACAGCCGACCCGACAGUCGAACCGAUGGACACGAGCCCGGCAACAGCUAGCACCGUCCCAGCCGCUCCGGAACCGAUGGGACACGAUCUUGGGGCGCAGACGUUAUCCCAGCACUCAACACUGGCCGCUAGCAUUGGCCAGUACCGACGGGAGCUGGACACGAUGCGCGAAAUGGGACUGACCGACACGGAAACGAACCUGCAGGCACUGAUCGUAUGCAACGGGAAUGUCGAAUCGGCCGUGAAUCUCGUGUUCGGUGGCAUGAGCAAUUGAAGAUUGCAGGCAGGCAGGGCAAGGCUUAGUUGUAGGAGCGAUGUAUUUAAUGUAACAAAUCGUGAGAGAUUAACGCCGGAUACGAACGGAAAACACCGACACCUCCAGAUGGUGGUGUAAUUUACGCAAUGAUGCUUGUAACAUAAACAAAAAAGAGUAAAUAAAUGAUUUUGAACUAAAAAAGCAAUCAAAUCAA